UCUGUGGCGGUCGGCGGGCAGGUCGGUCGCGAUAGUCGGGCGCCGUGCACGGGCGAGGCUAUGUCGCGGUGGCAGAUCGGAUGGGCCGGCGGGGCCGGGAGUAACGGGACGUCGCUGCGGAGCUUCUUUCCCCGGAUACAGUGCGGCCCGAGCGGAGGCCGCGGCGCCGCACUCCGGUCCUGAGGCGUCCGCGCUACCCGGGGCCCGCACCGCCUUCUCACCCGCACCGACGCCAAUCGACCUGACCCUGCCUGGUCCGGUCCGGCCCGAUUGAGCGCAGAGUAAGCAGGUAGGGGUACGCCCUGUGCCCGGCGCCGACUCGGGCCCUCCAGAACUACAGCCCCCAGCAGGCUUCGCGCUGGAGCGCACGCGCGCCUCCCGAGGCGCACGGCUUCCUGGGACUUGUAGUUCGCGCGGCUUGGCUGGGGUUCCCCUUAGACCCGGCAGACGCUGCAGCGCCCUAGCUGCCCGGCUGACAGGCCCUUCGGGGGCCGCGGGGCCUCCCUCCGCUCCCUGUCGUACUUUCGGAGAAAAACGGAGGAGCUCACUAGAAAGCAGCCUGCAGAACAGGAAAGAGCGCCGCGUCCAGGUAGCCGUAGCCCUUCGGAGCACAGGACCUCCUCCCCGGGGACAUGAAGCUGUUGGAGAACUCCAGCUUCGAGGCCAUCAACUCGCAGCUGACCGUGGAGACAGGAGAUGCCCACAUCAUUGGCAGGAUUGAGAGCUACUCGUGUAAGAUGGCGGGCGACGACAAGCACAUGUUCAAGCAGUUCUGCCAGGAGGGCCAGCCACAUGUGCUGGAGGCACUGUCCCCACCCCAGACCUCGGGCCUCAGCCCCAGCAGACUGAGUAAGAGCCAGGGUGGCGAGGAUGAGGGCCCCCUCAGCGACAAGUGCAGCCGCAAGACCCUCUUCUACCUGAUCGCCACGCUCAACGAGUCCUUCCGGCCGGACUACGACUUCAGCAGAGCCCGGAGCCACGAGUUCAGCCGGGAGCCCAGCCUCAGCUGGGUGGUGAACGCAGUCAACUGCAGCCUGUUCUCCGCUGUCCGCGAGGACUUCAAGGCCCUGAAGCCGCAGCUGUGGAACGCGGUGGAUGAGGAGAUCUGCUUGGCUGAGUGCGACAUCUACAGCUACAACCCAGACCUGGACUCAGAUCCCUUCGGGGAAGAUGGCAGCCUCUGGUCCUUCAACUACUUCUUCUACAACAAGCGGCUGAAACGGAUCGUGUUCUUCAGCUGCCGCUCUAUCAGUGGAUCCACCUACACUCCGUCGGAGGCAGGCAAUGAGCUGGACAUGGAGCUCGGGGGAGAGGAGGAGGAGGAGGAGAGUGGAGGUGGAGGCCGUGAGGGCGGCCACGAGGAGACCAGCACCAUGGAAGAGGACAGGGUCCCGGUGAUCUGUAUGUGAAGAGGAGGAACAGAGGCCCUCGCUUCACCCAGCUUCAAACAGUGCCUGGACCUGCCCACCUGAGGGGCCCCAGGGCCUCCACAGCUGCUGGCCAGAUCCUGGCGCUGCCACAGCACCAGCGCCACUCCAGGCCACACCUGCCUAGCCCUUUGGCUGUAGCCUGUGGAUGUCCCCUCAGCCCCACAGGCUCCCGCUGCCCACGCUGUGGCUGGACUGGACAGCAACGGCACAGGGCCUGGUGGGAAGAGCCACUGCCCCGCCCAAACGAACUGACACGGGCAGGGACAGCUGGACCACAGAGUUUAUUUUUGUAUUUUGUGCAGGGUCAGGCCCGGACCUGCACACUCCAGCCCAAAGGGCCGGAGACCCAGCAGGCGGUCCCCAGGGGUCAUCCGCCCGCUUGUACUCCCCACCUUGCCCAUCGGGCAGCGUGCACUGAGUGUCACUUUGCUGCAGCUGGUUUGCUUCCAAUAAAAGUUUCUGUGACUCAG